CAAAAAUUGUUCUCUCUCUCUCUCUCUCACCUCUUUUCUGUCUGCCAAAAACCAGUCUAUGCUUUCACUAAACUAAAUUAGAACAGAGCAUGUUGAUGGAUUGGAAAUGACAGUUGUUUUGUUUCUGCGAAGUGACAACCACCCAGCUUUCUACAUACUAGGGAGGAAGAAGAGAAUAAUGGCUCAUCAGGAUGAAGGGUGGCCUUUGGGAUUGCGACCACUGAAUGCAAGAGUUGGGUUGAUCAGAAGCCGGGAUUUCUCUGCUGGGUCGGUUUCAUUCAGCACUUUGGUCAGUGGCUCCCCCAACCCCUCCAUUGCCGCUUCUUCUUCUUCUUCUUCCUCAGAUCUUGAUACAGAGUCAACUGGGUCUUUCUUCCAUGACAAGAGCAUCACUCUAGGGAGGCUCCUUGGUGUUUCUGGCAUUAUAGGCCUCUCACGAAGAUCAACAAGGAGAAGGGCACUUGAAACCUCCAAAGGAAAAAAGAACCACAAAUCCAAACCUUGGUUGUUUUCACUCUGCUCCAAGCUAACCAGCGACUCUGUGAAUGAGAGUAAUAACACUCCAUCCUUAGCUCACUUUCUUGAAGCAGAAAGGAGAGCAAGUAAUAACAACAUUAACAGAAGAAAUCACGGUGGACCGAUUGAAUACGGAACUGACAAUUUCUCACCGGCUGUGCCGGUUUCAGACCCCAACAGGCUAUUCGUAGACGGCCUAGUAGCAGCUGGUCAGCCAAGUUCUUCAGAGAGAGCGGAUGGUGGAGCAAGAUCCAACAACAGGGAGCUAUUAGAAUAUGGCAAUGGAUUUGGAACGACAUUAGUGUCUUCAUGUUUGUGUGGACAACUCGUGAAAUGAUUGACCCCUCAUUGGAAUUUAUAUUUAG